GCCGGCAGUGCUUGGUUAUAAUUGUGGGUAGUGUCCUGAGCCUGGAUUUUAUUUUUUUUUUGCAUUAGUAAAUCUUAUUUUAAUUAUUACGCUUUAAAUAUAUUUGUAUUUAAAAUUAGAAGAAAUAAUACCCUUGCAUGGCGUGCCUUUGAUCACAAGUGUUGUUGCUGUAACCAUGAACAUUACUUCCUUGAAGCGAUCCCAUAUCCUCAAAAUGGCGUUGUCCAACAUGGAGCAGGGCAGCUCCGAGUCGUUUGCGGCGAAGGCGGUGAAAAUCACCUGUGUGGUGGUCGUGUAUUGGUUCGUAUCGAUCACGAUGAUCUUUGUCAAUAAGUACCUGUUGGCCAGCCCCGCUCUGCAGCUGGACGCACCGCUGUUUGUAACCUGCUUCCAGUGCCUGGUGACAGUGUCCCUCUGCUUCCUCCUGAAGUCGCUGGCCACACUGUCUCCCAGGCUGGUGGAGUUCCCGUCCGUUGCCUUCGACCUCAAGGUUUCCAGGGAGGUUCUUCCACUCUCCGUGGUCUUCAUCGGGAUGAUCACCUUUAAUAACCUUUGCCUGAAGUACGUCGGGGUGGCUUUCUACAACGUUGGGCGUUCCUUGACCACCGUCUUCAACGUCUUGUUGUCCUAUGCACUGUUGAAGCAGACCACUUCAUUCCGAGCCAUACUGUGCUGUGGUAUCAUCAUAGGUGGUUUUUGCUUGGGAAUAAAUCAGGAGGGUGCGACAGGCAGUCUGUCGUGGAUUGGAGUGAUGUUUGGCGUAAUGGCCAGUCUGUGUGUGUCGCUGAACGCCAUUUACACAAAGAAGGUUCUGCCAGCCGUGGACGGCAGUAUUUGGAGACUAACCUACUACAACAACGUCAAUGCUUGCAUCUUGUUCAUUCCAUUAAUUGCAGUCACUGGGGAACUGAAAAUACUGUUUAACUUUGACAAGCUCAGCAGUUACCACUUCUGGGCAGUGAUGAUUUUAGGAGGUGUGUUUGGUUUUGCCAUCGGAUAUGUCACAGGACUACAGAUCAAAUUCACCAGCCCAUUGACCCAUAAUGUCUCCGGUACUGCCAAAGCUUGUACACAAACCGUCCUGGCAGUGUCCUACUAUGAAGAGGUCAAGACCGCUCUCUGGUGGACUAGUAACCUGCUGGUCCUCUUUGGUUCUUUUGCCUACACCUGGGUGAAAGGACUUGAAAUGAAGAAGGUGCAGCAACAAACGUUAAGCAAGAGCCACGAGAGCAAUGAAGCUAGAGUCUAGAAAGAGUAUUCCAUUAGACUGGAUGUACAGUGGAAGUUUGUGAGGAAGGGGAGCCUGAGUGGUGAGAGAAUGGAAAUUGCCAAACAGUUGAAAUUUUGCAGCAGCACUCCCCACCCCCCCCACCCCCCCCACCCCUGUUUUUUCUAGCUAUCUCCCCUGCAAGGCAAGAUGGACAGUACUGGAAUGCUCUUGCACAGCUCCCUAUUCAACCAUCUGCCCACUCAAGGCAGUGGGUCCUCAAGGCUAAUGACUGGUAAACUUGAGAAGCACCAUGUCAUCACUCCCACCAUCCACUAAAUCAUCGUCGUCAAAGGAGUCACUGCCAAUUUUAAAACUUGGAUUGCCGACUCUUGUCCACUUGUAACGGGUUGAUUCACCGGGAACCGCUGCGAAGAUGUUUAGGACACCACUCCUUAAAUCUAGUUAUUCAAUUUUUUCUGAAAUUCCUUGCAGUUGACCAAGAUUGUUUUAUACAGUAAAUGGAAAACUGCUUUGUUCAUGCAGUGUAACCUGGGGAAUAGCUCUUGUUCAUGAGCAUUUUGUAAACUAGUUGGUCUCUUUGUUCUCACACUCCCACUGUUGUGCAAGCGGUCAUUGCUUUUGCCCUGUCCUUGUCUUUGCAAUCGUUGGAUUGGGGUUUCCUGUAAUUGGGAAAGGUGAAGGAUGGUCAAGAGGAGGAUUAUUUUGGCUCCUGAUGUACUCAUUGGGUUAGAAAUUCAUCCUUGGGGAAUGGUGCAAUGUAGUAGUAUAACGAACUUCUGAAUUUCAGUUCUUAAAAUAUAAACAACUUCCUGAAUAGAAUACAAUGUACGGCUGCUACUAUACGUGUCUGUUUAGUGGAAGGGACAGAAGAUCCAUUUCCAUCUCGUCUUUUGUAACAGUCACAGUAAAGAGCAUUCUUAAUUCCUUCAGGAUAAAGGGGAACUGAGAGAAUCUCUUGCAAGUUUAUCUUGCAGUAAUUUGAUUGCUUAAAACACUUUUAUAUUUUCACGGGAAAGGGUAAACUUAUUGAGUUGGAAAAAUACUGUUUCAUUAUUGGGGUUUUCAAUACAUGCCAUGCAAUGGUCUAAGCCUGUUAAUCAAAAAUUUAAUGGUCUUUUGGUAAUCUGAAAAUAAAACCUUUUACCACAAUUUUCAAUCCUUUUGGCUGGGAAAAAAAAAUUUCAGCAAAGAAUUACUUGUGUUUAUAUUCAAUAUCGAUGUUCACAAUUUUACUGUUUGUAUUAUCCAUUGGUGUGAUGUGGGUUUGAUUGCACUUAUUGAACUACCUUGAAUUGAAAGGAUGGCUUGCCAAUCCUAGUGUCUUAAAGGUUAACUACACUGAUGUGGUAUGGAGUCGCAGAGCAGUUAAGGACAUCAGACUUCCUUUUAAAACAGUUCAUUAGGUUCAUGGCCACUUGCUGAUCCCAGCUUUUUAGUUCCAAAUUUAUUUAAUUAAUGGAAUUUAAAUUCCCAAGCUGCAGUGUGAGAUUUGAGUUGGUGGCUAGUCAAGUAAUGCAGCCAUUACACUACCAUAUCCACAAUUAUAUCAUUUUUAAGCAAUUUUGGGCUCUGUAUCUAAAGAAAGAUGUGCUGGCUUUGGAGAGGAUCCAGAGGAGGUUCACAAGAAUGAUCCCAACAAUGAAAAGCUUAAUGUUUGAGGAGUGUUUGGUGUCUCUGCGCCUGUACUCGAUGGAGUUCAGAAGGAUGGGAUGGGAGGGUGUGGAAUCUCAUUGAAACCCACCGGGUACUGAAAGGCCUGGAUGGAGCGGAAGUGGAGCUGUUUCCGUUAGUAGGACAGCCGAGGAUCUGAGGACACAGCCUCAGAAUAAAGGGACAUCCUGUUAAAACUGAGAUGAGGAGGAAUUUCUUCAGCCAGAGGGUGGUGAAUUUGUUACCACAGAGGGCUGUGGAGGCCAAGUCAUUGGGUGUAUUUAAGGCAGGGAUUGAUAGGUUCUUGACUGGUGAGGGGGUUAAAGGUCAUGGGGAGAAGGCUGGAGAAUGGGGUUGGAAAAAAGAAUCAGCCAUGAUUGAUUAGUGGACCAGACUUGAUGGGCUGAAUGGCCUGAUUCUGCUCAUGGUUUUAUAAACAACAAACACCAAUAAAGGUUCUGUGGUUACAUAGGCAAACACAAGGGAAUUCUACAGUGGAUUAGACUGGGAAUUGUUAAACAUUCAAACUGGUAUACUGCCUCCAAACAGGAUCAGUUGUGAACACCAUGAGAGGAAGUGCCUCCAGGUGUACACUGACACCUUUGUGUAACAAACUAAAGAAAGACGUGGCACCUUCAAGAUGUUCUGAUUACUUUGCACCCGCCAACUCCUUUUACAGCAGCGUAGGAACUGUUGUGAUGUGUGGAGCAUGGUGAUCAUUUAUGCACAGCAGGUUCCUGCAAACAGCAAUGUGACGAUGAUCAGAUUAAUGGAAUGAUGCACCAUCCCUCUUUGAUGGUAGUACUAUGGGAUCUUCCACCUGGUUCGACAUCUGAAGGACAAUGUGUGUAAUGGUCUAGCGGUCCCUUAAUUACGCACUAGUGUACCAGCCUAGAGCUUCAUGCCCAACUCUCUAGUUGGUCUUAAAUUCACAACUUUCAGUGCUGCAGCUGCCAGUGUUCAAUGGUGUUCUGCUACUGGAGUCGUAGAAUCCUUCAGCUCAUCUUGUCAGUCCUGACCAUUAAGUAUCCAUCUAUGCUAAUGCCACUUACCAACAUUUGGUCCGUAGGCUUCUAUGUUCUGGCAGGCUUGAAUGGGGAGAUAAGGUCAAAACUUACAAAUGAAACAAGAGUUUGAUCUGCAGGUUCUGCCAUUACGCCAGAUGGCGUGGAUUUUGAUUUUGUGAGCUUCCUCUGUGCAGGUGUAAAACGAGACAAAUCAACCCCCUGAGCUCCUAAACAGAGCCAUGAUGGAUUUUCUUCUUUCCAAACUGCUGAUGAUGACUUUGAACUUCAGAGAGGGCAAGAGAUGCAGCAGCUUCAAAACCCAAGCACUUAUCUGCAAGCAUGCAGCAUUGUGACAAUUUGCACUUAAUGCUUUGUCCGUCAGAGACCUGGACUCAACACAUUUGGGCUUAUUUGCCAUUUUCUGGAACAAGAUGUACAAAGAAUGAUUUACCUUAAGCACAAAGGGAUUGGUAUCGGUCAAACAUCAACUGCAGCUUAAAAGAAAAAGGAGUGAAGUGAAUUCUGGAGAUUUGCUGCAGGUCAAGGAAUAAAAUUUUAAUGGGAAAACGAAACUAAACUUUGACACAGCCCGUCAGUCCAACCACAGGUUGUUUAUUUAGGAAUGGGGGAUAAAUGAACAAAGGCACAACAUAUUGGGAAGUUUUUUGAUGUUUCUGCGAUUUACGUAAUCACUAAAAUGUUUUAUUGAUUUUAUGGCAACUCUAGAAAAUCUUUACUGUUCGAUACAGAGCUUCUGAAGAGACAAAAUGGUAAUUUCAAUUGCAUAUUGUGCAGGCACGGUAGUGUAGCGGUUAGUGUAAUGCUAUUGCAGUGCCAGCCACCCGGGUUCAAUUCCAGCCACUGUCUGUAAGGAGUUUGUACAUUCUCCCUGUGUCUGCGUGGGUUUCCUCCCACAUUCCAAAGACGUACAGGUUAGGAAGUUGUGGGCAUGCUAUGUUGGCGCCAGAAGCGUGGCGACACUUGCAGGCUGCCCCCAGAACACUACACAAAGGUGCAUUUCACUGUGUGUUUCGAUGUACA